AUGAAUGCUUGUCGGAAGAAGGGUCGCCUGUCAUUCUUCAUACGAGCCGAAAUUGAACCAAAAAAUCGUUCGGGUGUAAAUUCUCUACAAUAUGACCAGUAUACGGACAGGUUAUUUACUGCAGGGCGUGACUCUAUAAUUAGAGUUUGGAACACGAAAAGACCCUCGGAUCCUCUUGUGCAUACUAUGGAGCAUCAUGCUGAUUGGGUUACAGAUAUUGUACUUUGUUGCGGCGGGAAAAACCUCAUAUCUGCCUCUAAUGAUACGACAGUGAAGGUUUGGAAUGCCACUAAAGGAUUCUGUAUGUCUACUUUGGGUACACACAAAGACUAUGUACGAGUGCUUGCCUACGCCCAACAUCGUGAAGAGGUUGCUAGUGCUGGUUUAGAUGGUGCAAUAUUUUUGUGGGAUAUAAGAACACUUACCGCACUUACACCAACUAAUAAUACAGUUGAAACUCGCCCACUGACAACAAAUGAUGAAAGUAUAUAUAGCUUAGCUAUGAAUCCAUCUGGAACAGUCAUAGUGGCUGGAGGUCCUUACAAAAGAAUUUGGGUAUGGGAUCCUAGAUCACGUAGUAAACCUUUUGAUUUACGAAGUCAUACUGAUAGUGUACGUGCACUUGUUGUUCGACCAAAUGGUGAAGAGGUUAUUAGUGGUAGUUCUGAUGGAACAAUUAAAAUAUGGUCACUUGGUAUGCAACGAUGUACAGAUACGAUACGGAUACAUAGUGAAAGUGUAUUUACACUACAGGUGAAUAACAAUUGGUCAACUGUUUAUUCAGCUGGUAAAGAUCGUAAAAUUUGGGCCACUGAUUUGCAUAAUCCUGGUCACUCUAUGUUAAUCGGUGAAGAAACGGAUCCAGUUUUAAAGCUUCUAUUACUUGAAGGUCAAAGCCAGUCAUUUUUAUGGUCUGCUACAUGCAAUACAAAUGUAUCACGUUGGCCUAUUAAACAAUAUCCUACUGGGACAUGUUCUCAAUCACUUGUAGAUCAUAGACAUUAUUCAAAUCAUACAAAUUAUACCGGUAUAGAUAAAUCGAAAGGUUCUGAAUUUGUAACCAAUCCUCCAACAUCCAUUUCAUUGUCCUCCUCAUCUUCAUUAUCCUCAGCAUCCAAUGGUAAUGCACUAACAGCUGAUGGUGAUCAUAGCUUCUCUCUAUCUGUCGACAAUAAUCAUAAUAAAAAUAGUGACCAUAAUAAGCAUAAUGAUAAUAAUGAACAAUGCAAUUAUGCUUUACCUUUCAAGCCUGAUUUCAUUAUAAAAGGUGGAUCACCGAUUGUACAGUUUCAUAUAUGCCCCGAGAAACGUUUUAUAUUAACAAAAGAUAGUGAAGGUGUAGUGGCUGUUUAUGACGUUUUAAAAGCAUCAAUGAAUGAAUGUUUAGGUGUUGUAUCAUUUGAAGAGGAAAUUAAGAAACGUGAAAAACUUAUUUAUGUUCCAAAUUGGUUUAUAGUCGAUUUAAAAUGUGGAAUGCCAAUCAUUCACUUAGAUGAAAUUGAUUGUUUGUCAGCCUACAUUAAUACUUCUGACGCUGGUUUAUUAAAUGAAUUCAAUUAUUCCAGUUAUUGUUAUGAUACUAAAAUUAAUUACGGCUUUGUACUGCUUAGAUCAUUGUUUACUCGUCGGUUAACUGCACCUUCGGACACUAAUAAUAAUAAUAAUAAUAAUAAUAGCAAUAUGGACAAUGCGCGCAACGAUGUAAAUACAGACCAAAUUUUAGAAAUCCCUGGACAUACACCAAUUAUCUUAAGUGAUGGAAGUGGCCGACCACUUGAUCGACUUUUAGCUCGUGAUGCUUCUCCAUUUAAUGUACGAUUAAGACGUUGUAGUCCAGAACCAAAAUGGAUUAUGGAAGUUGUAGAAUCUUGUAAACUACCUAAACCAGUACGUAUAGCGUUUUGUCUUGUUCCCGCGGUUAUUGAAGUAGAUAAUCAAGGUCAACAGCGUGUUGUACCAAUGAACUCAUUAAGAAGAGAUUCAUUAGCUGCCAAUGAUGUUUUAUUGAUACGCAAAGUGAUGGAACAUGUAUUUCAACGUUUGUAUAAACUAGCCGAUACAUUAACAAUGAAUGGGACCUUAUCUAGUCCACCAUCACCUAAAUCCAUAGGACAAAAUGAUGAGACUGGUCAAGUAGUACCGCCUAAAUUAUCAACUAAUACAGCAUCUUCUGCUUAUUGUGACAAUUCGGCUAAUAAUAAUCCUCAAACACCUGUAAUGGCGCCAUUAAAUCUUCCACCGGAAACAUUAAAAAUUGAUUUAGCUAGAAUAAUAGCUACAGCUUCAUCGGAUGAUCCAAAUCCUGAGAAUAUCAUUGAAAUAUGGUGUGGUGAUCAAUGUCUUGAUCCUAAUAUGAAUUUACGCAGUGCUCGUCAUUUCUAUUGGAAACAGUCAGGCGAUUUGGUGUUAAGCUAUUUAGUCACUAAAGAAAACACUAUUGAUAACAAUGAUACUGCUACUAGUACUAUUGACAAUAUUAAUACUUCAUCAUCAUUGCUAAGCAGAAAUUUGCAAAAUCCCAUGACUCUAACUCCUUCUCCUACUAAUACCAGUAUACGCGGAGAGAAUGAUGUCAACCAUUCCAGUACACAUGAAACAGAUGUUAGAAGUGAGAAGAAACAGCAUCGAGUAACCAAUGGCAUCUCAUCAUCAUCCUUACCAAUUAAUAUUCAUAAUUGA